AUGCAGGCGGCGCUGCGGCGGCAUCUCGGCAGGGUGCGAUGGGCGCUCCGCGUUUCCGAGGCGGCCCCGCGGUCUCGCUGCGUCGGGCCGGGCUCUCUCCAGGCCCUGCGGUGCUGGAGCUGCGGCAGCCCCUUCCCCGCCGCUGAGGGGCUGCCUCACUUCUGUCCCGGCUGCCGAGCCCUGCAGCCGCCGGCGCCUCGGCCCGACCUCUUCCGCCUGAUGGCCUGUGACCGCUCCUUCCGCGUCGACGCGCAGCAGCUGCAGCGGCGGUUCCGGAGCCUGCAGCGCGCCGUUCACCCCGAUCGCUUCGGCCAGAGGCCGCCGAAAGAACAGUACUACUCUGAGCAACACUCUUCCCUGAUUAACAAGGCCUACCAAACCCUCCUGAACCCUUUGAGCCGUGGUCUCUAUCUACUGGAGCUGAAUGGAGUCGAGCUGGCACAAGAGACAGACUGUGAUGCAGACUCAGUGUUCCUCACGGAAAUAAUGGAAAUUAAUGAGAAAUUAGCAGAGCCUAAAAAUGAGGAUAUCCUUGAAGAAAUUGAAACUUUAAUUAAAGUUAAACAGGAAGAACUGACCAAAGAGGUGACUGCAGCUUUUGAAAGAGAUGAUCUUCAAGAAGCUAAGAAGCUUCUAGCCAAAAUGAAGUAUUUUGCAAACUUAGAAGAUAAACUAAAGAACAAGAAGAUCCCUUCCUGAUGCUGCCUC